AAUUAUUUAUUAACACACACUUUGCUCUAAGCUUCUCUUUCUGUUCUGCAUGAAAACUGAAACAACAACAAACUAAAAAAGAAAAGAAAUCACACUCUAUUCUAAAUCUACUGAUAAUCCAAACAAAAAAAAAACUUCCUUUUAUUUCUUUAUAUUCUGAUUCUCAUUCUCUACUGUGUGAGACAUAAAACCUCACAUUUGUAUUUUAUUUUUCCUUGGAGAAUUUUUUUUCCAAAAGAAAGAAAAAAUGAGAUGGGAAAGGGUGCAGCAGCAGUUACAACAAGGGGUUGCAAUAGAAGAGUUAAAUGGACCAAGGAAGAGGUGGGGACACACUUGUAAUUCGAUUAAAGGAGGAAGAUUUCUCUAUGUUUUUGGUGGCUAUGGAAAGGAUAACUGCCAGACCAACCAAGUCCAUGUCUUUGACACUGUUAACCAGACUUGGAGCCAGCCAAUGUUAAAUGGCACACUGCCAGUUCCGAGAGAUAGCCACUCUUGUACAACUGUUGGUGAAAAUCUCUAUGUGUUUGGGGGUACUGAUGGGAUGAACCCUCUCAAGGAUCUGCGUAUCUUAGAUACUUCAUCACAUACUUGGAUAUCUCCAAAUGUAAGAGGUGAUGGACCAGAUGCACGGGAGGGUCAUAGCGCUGCCCUUGUUGGCAAACGACUUUUCAUAUUUGGUGGCUGUGGAAAAUCUUCAGAUAAUAGUCAUGAAAUCUAUUACAAUGAUCUUUAUAUCUUGAAUACAGAGACAUUUGUAUGGAAACAAGCAAUAACAACAGGCACUCCACCUUCUGCCCGCGAUAGCCAUACUUGCUCAUCUUGGAGGGAUAAAAUCAUUGUGAUUGGUGGUGAAGAUGGGCAUGAUUAUUAUUUGUCAGAUGUCCACAUCCUAGAUACAGAAACUCUUGUUUGGAAGGAGCUGAACACAUCGGGCCAAAAGUUGCCACCUCGAGCUGGCCAUUCUACUGUUUCUUUUGGCAAGAAUUUAUUUGUUUUUGGUGGAUUUACAGAUGCUCAAAAUCUAUAUGAUGACCUACAUAUGCUUAAUGUUGAAACUGGCAUUUGGACCAUGGUGAUGACAACUGGAGAUGGACCUUCUGCCAGAUUUUCUGUGGCUGGGGACUGCUUGGAUCCACUGAAGGGUGGUGUGCUUGUGUUCAUUGGUGGCUGCAAUAAGAGUCUUGAGGCACUGGAAGAUAUGUAUUAUUUACACACAGGUCUCACAAGAGUGCAAGAUGAAUGGCGUAUGGAAAAGUUAUCUCUGAAAAAACAAUUGAAACUAAAGUGCCAAGAACAAAAUCUUAAUUCUUCUGUGCAUGAAAAAGUUUUAGUCCGAAUUGACACAAAUGCUGACUUUCACCACACCUUUCUGAGUUAUGCCCAACCAGGCAGAGAAAAUUUCCCGUUGAAUCAAACACAGCGUGAUCAUGGGAAGAAGACAUUUCAAGCCAAAGUUACUGAAAGCCUUCCUCAUGGAUAUACCAUUGAGACUAUUGUAGAUGGAAAGCUUCUACGUGGAAUAUUAUUUUCCAACAAGCAAAGUUCUCCCCAGAUAGUUAGCCACAAUAACCGCAGGAAAAGGGCAAGUGCUGAAAGUGGUGUUGUAUUGAAUGGUGACUACAACAGCAAAUCAAAAACUUAUAAAACCCUCAUCCAGGAUGCAGUAGAAAACAUUCAGCCAGACAACGCUCAUGGGAUGGAAUCCACAGCACAGGAACCCAAGACGGAAGCUGCUGCUGUCCCUGAUUUAAAAAAUCUGGCUUCCUCUAAUGUUCAUCUGUCUCAUGAGGUUCCUCCAAAUGCAGAACCACCAGCGACUCCUACUCUGAAUUUGAAUGAUGAUAUGACCUCUGAUACAGGAUUUCUAAAAGAGAAGUCUACUGCAGCAGAGGGCCUACCACUUUGUCACUAAACCAAGGUAAAGAGAAAACAUAACAAAGCAAACAAAGGAAUCUAAGCUGACUUAGAAAAUAUAUGUGGUUGGAAAGUUUCCUUAUUGUGCAAGGAGAAUACUUUAGCAACUUAAUUGUGUUUCCUAGUAAUGGAAGGAUACCAAGAAGUGGCAAAGAGAAGCAUUAAAGACAAUAUCUUUUUCCUUCCAAAAGAAGGAUAAAUACAAGGUUGAGAUCAGAAUCCUAUUCUAACUUAGAAACCAAAGGGACAACAACUUCUCUUUUAGUUUCUAGGAUUAUUAGGAAGCAUUAUAAGCUAUAAAUAAGUCUUGUAUUAAACCUACAAUGUUUUCUUCUUCUUCUCUUUUCAUGACGGAUAAAGACUUAGAACUUAUGAGCUUUAUUUUUAUUUUGUUAGCUACAACCCAAAGCUUAUGUGAGCUUAAUUAAUACUUUGUUUUCAGUUAGGAUCUAAGGCUUGUUUGGAUCAGGGUUUGGGCUUACUAGUAAAUGUUUUGGGUCAGUUUUUAUAAGUUGGUCAAUUCAGCCCACAGGGUAGAUCCAUUAGGAUUAAUUUCUUAGAACUAUUUAAACACAUGUAAGUCUAAAUUUCGGCACCUUUGAUGAAUAAUAUUUCUGAAAUUUUUAGUUUAA